UCCGUGAACGCGUCGGGCCGCACACCGUGAGCAGCGCUGAUUGAGCAGCAGAGCGGCGGCGGUGACGACGGCCAUCUUAGAGCUACCGCGGCAACAGACACUCAUCCUCUGGAUCUUAUUCUUCUGGCUCACAGACGCGCUCCGCCUGACUGACGGGGGAAGAAGAAGAAGGAGAAGCAGAAGGCCGCCUCUUACUUCACCGCGGUUGAACUCGAAGUCGGGAUGCGGUUCAGAGGGAAUACGGGAUUUGCAUCCGCUGUCGGACUGGUCCUCGGACUAUUAUGUGCGGUGGAGGCAGCUAAAGUCAAUAAGCACAAACCAUGGAUUGAGACGACGUACCAUGGGAUCGUAACGGAAAAUGAUGAGAAAGUGCUACUGGACCCCCCGCUAAUUGCACUGGACAAGGAUGCUCCUCUACGCUAUGCAGAGAGUUUUGAGGUGACCCUCACUGAAGAAGGUGAGAUUUGCGGCUUCAGGAUCCAUGGGCAGAAUGUCCCCUUCGAGGCAGUGGUCCUGGACAAGUCCACUGGCGAGGGGGUCAUCCGGGCCAAGGACAAGCUGGACUGUGAGCUGCAGAAGGAGCACACCUUCACCAUCCAGGCUUACGACUGUGGAGAGGGUCCUGAUGGUGCCAACAUGAAGAAAUCCCACAAGGCCACCGUCCACAUCCAAGUGAACGACAUCAACGAGUAUUCACCCGUGUUCAAGGAGAAGUCCUACAAAGCCACCGUUAUCGAGGGAAAGAAGUAUGACAGCAUCCUGAAGGUGGAGGCAGUAGACGCCGACUGCUCGUUCCAGUUCAGCCAAAUCUGCAACUACGAGAUUGUCACCCCUGAUGUGCCCUUCACCGUCGACAAAGACGGCUUCAUUAAGAACACAGAGAAACUGAGCUACGGCAAAGAGCGCAUGUAUAAGCUGACUGUGACCGCCUACGACUGUGGAAAGAACCGUGCCUCAGAGGACGUGCUGGUCAAGAUCAGCGUCAAACCCACCUGCAAACCCAGCUGGCAAGGCUUCAAUAAGAGGAUUGAAUAUGAGCCUGGUACAGGUAGCCUGGCCCUUUUCCCCAGCAUGCACUUGGAGACCUGUGAUGAACCAAUCACCUCUAUCCAGGCCAGUAUUGAACUGGAAACCAACCAUAUCGGAAAGGGCUGUGACCGUGACACCUAUUCUGAGAAGUCACUGCACAAGCUGUGCGGCGCGAGCUCUGGCACAGUGGAGCUCCUCCCUGCACCGAGCAGCUCUGCCAACUGGACGGUCGGGCUGCCCACUGAUAACGGGCACGACAGUGACCAGGUAUUCGAGUUCAAUGGCACCCAGGCCAUCAAGGUCCCCGAAGGCAUGGUGAGCACCAGCCUGAAGGAACCCUUCACCAUCUCUGUGUGGAUGAGACAUGGCCCCGGGGCCCAUGAGAAGGAGACCAUCCUCUGCAACUCUGACAAGACAGAGAUGAACAGACACCACUACUCCCUCUACGUCCACAACUGCAGACUGAUCCUUCUCCUCCGUCAGGAUCCAUCAGAAGCCGAGAACUACAAACCAGCAGAGUUUCACUGGAAACUCGACCAGGUAUGUGACAAAGAGUGGCAUCACUAUGUGCUGAACGUGGAGUUCCCCACCGUGUCUUUGUUUGUGGAUGGAACUACGUUUGAGCCCUUCCUGGUUACAGAAGACUACCCGCUGCACUCCUCCAAGAUUGCAACUCAGCUCACGAUUGGUGCCUGCUGGCAAGAAAACUCAGGACAUGACAAUGACACUGAGACAGUCUCUGAGCCCACCUCAGGCGGAAACGCUCGUAUGGGUCAGUUUUUCCGAGGGAACCUUGCAGGGCUGAUGAUUCGCUCUGGCAAACUGGAGAACAAGAAGGUGAUCGACUGUCUGUACACAUGCAAGGAGGGCCUGGAUGUGCAGCUGCCUGAGGAGGUCGCUUCAGCUGUCAAGGUGGAGUUCAACCCCAACCAGUCCUCUCUGACUGUGGAGGGCGACGACAUCGAUGCCUUUGAUAAGGUCAUGCAGCACAUCUCCUACUUGAACUCUCGCCAGUUCCCAACACCUGGCAUCAGGCACCUUCGCAUCUCCACCACCGUCAAAUGCUUCAAUGAGGAGUCCUGCGUUUCGGUGCCAGAUGCCGAGGGUUACGUGAUGGUGCUGCAGCCCGAAGAACCCAAGAUCAGCCUGAGCGGCAUCGACCACUUUGCCCGCAGUGCUGCCGAAUUCGAAAGCCAGGAAGGCGUGACGCUGUUCCCCGAGCUGCGCAUCGUGAGCACCAUCACCCGUGAAGUGGAGGCCGACACUGAGUCUGAAGCCACGGAGGGAGCUGAUGAUGACCCCACAGUCCAAGAGACAGUGGUGUCAGAGGAGAUCAUGCACAACCUGGACACGUGUGAAGUGAGUGUGGUGGGAGACGAGCUGGACGGGGAGCACGAGAGCCUGGAGGUGGACAUGUCACAGCUGCAGCCGCGCGGCCUGGAGAUGAGCUCCUCUAACCUGGGCCUCGUCAUCACCGGUGUGAACACCAUGGCCAACUACGAACAGGUUCUGCACCUGAUCCGUUACAAGAACUGGCACACUGAGGCUCUGUUUGACAGGAAAUUCAAACUGGUCUGCUCUGAGCUCAACGGUCGCUACAUCAGCAAUGACUUCAAGGUUGAGGUGAAUGUGAUCCACACAGCCAAUCCCGUGGAGCAUGCUAACAACGCCAUGGUGCAGCCAAAUUUCAUUAACCCCAUCCAUCAUGCCUCUGUGGAUCUGUCUGGUCACAACCUGGUCAACGCUCACCAGGCCUCAGUGGUUCCCAGUGCUGCCACCAUUGUCAUUGUGGUGUGCGUCAGCUUCUUGGUGUUUAUGAUCAUCCUGGGCGUGUUCCGCAUCCGUGCUGCUCACCAGCGAACCAUGAGAGACCAGGAAAGCGGCAAGGAGAACGAGAUGGACUGGGACGACUCGGCUCUCACCAUCACCGUCAACCCCAUGGAGACGUACGAGGACCAGCACAGCAGUGAGGAGGAUGAGGAAGAGGAGGAGGAGAGCGAGGACGGAGAGGAGGAAGAUGACAUCACGAGUGCUGAGUCAGAGAGCAGCGAGGACGAGGAGGGCGGAGAGCCGGAGGACCAGCAGGGCGCCAGCAGACAGCAGCAGCUGGAGUGGGACGACUCUACCCUCACCUACUAGAAUGAAUACGCACACACUCACACACACACACACACACACAAUGCAUAAUACACUCAACACAGCUCUCUCUGACAUACACAUCACCAACACUUACUCAGAGGGUCUCACACACACACACACACACACACACACACACCACAGAUUCAUGUCUAAGGAGCCAGGAUGUAAAAAAAACUACAAAAACAAACAAAAAAAAUUCCCUUCAGCGUCGAGGUUUUCCUGUUGUUAUCUUAGUGGUGGUACUCAGUGUAGUGUAGUCAUCACCGGAUUGCUGAUUUUUACUGUUUAUUUUUUUAUUUAUUAUAUUUUAAUUCCCAGGAAAACUUGGUCUACAUUUGUUUUGAACUGUGUGAGGAAGCCAACCCUGCACUUUUAAUUUUUUUUUUCAGACAUGAGCAUUCAAACAGAAUAAUUUUAAUUUUUCUCCCUGAUGUAUAUUCUUGCUUAAUGCUUUUAGAUUUGUUUGCCGCUAAACUCACUUGACUUGAGUUUUCUUAGUUGUCCACAGUGAAAAAAUAUUGCUUUUAACAAGUAGACUGCAUUUUCUUUUUUUUUUCUUUUAGUGCAUGAGGAUAUUUGAGUCAUAUGUGUAGAGAAAUAAAUUGCUUUUUAAAGAUUUUGUAAAUAUAAAGAAACCAUGUAAUUAGUCGAUGUGUUAGUGAAGACCUACUCAACAGGGUCCAAUAUCUAAAACAACGCAGUAUGUAAUGUAGAAUAUUUGUGUCACAGAGGCUGUAGCAUGUUGAAAAUUUUCCGCAAAAAGCUGUUCCAUCAUGCUUGUACAAAAAGUGUCCGCUUCACAAUGAGAAACCCAGGACUGUUCAGCAGAGGUUUCCAUGACAAAGUUGUGUCUAUUUUGUUUUUUUGUUUUUUUUGUUUUUGCAAAAACAAAAAUCAUUUGUUUUAUGUACAUGUAAAGCAGAACUGGUGGAUGGUUUCAGCUUCACACAUGCUUUGCUUUGCUUGCACAGGUGGCAAUGCUCUACAUGUCACAUGUAUUUCAUUCCCAGUAGAUCUCACUGUUGUACAGAGGGGAUUUUCUUUUUUUUUUUCAUUUGGAGUAAUGAUCGUACUCAGAGAAACGCUAAUGUACAAAUUGACAUUUUGUGUGGAACGGUACAAACACCAGACCAGCAGGUUCUGUUGUGCUGUUAAUCUUGAAAUAUAGGUACUAACAUUUCUGCCAGUGUAAUUGGACGUGUAGAGAGAUUUCCUCAGCAGCUUUAAAGCGUCUCUUUUUCCCGUUGCUGUGCUGACAGAAGUAUGGAGGAAAAUAAACCUUCAAACUACUGAAGGAGCAGAUUUAUGACAGACGGAGCUGCGGUGGUUGAAUUCUGCCGUUGCUGGCUUUGUUUUUGGAAAGAAAAGUGAAAUGAAAGUACUUUUCAGGAUUGCUCUGUUGCAACUUUAUUUUCCAUGGCACAGCUAUUUAAUCUGAAAUGAAAAUAAUACAUAUAUUAGCAUUUUGAAGCUGGUUUCUUACUGCAAACUGAGCAUUAUCUUUAGUGCAAUUUUGGGAAUUACAACUGCAGGCAUGACUGCGUAGUUUGCAACAAAAAAACAUUUUCAAAAUGACUCAUCUUCUUGUUUAAAUCUUAAAAAUGAGAUUUUUUUUGCAUUAGACCACUAGAUUUUAUUGUACAUGGAACUGUACUGUAGAGUUGUUCUAAGAUAUUUGUUUACAUUUGGUAAACUUAUUUUUCCUUCUGGUAUUAGUAUAAAGCUUAUACAAUUGAUUGGGGAAAUGUGUCCAACCUCUUAACUCCUCUCAGACACUGUUGUAACUAUUGAGUGUUCGUCUCAUGUUUUUGUGUACUGAGUAAAAAGUGUAAAACAUUUCCUAAACCUGCAUUAAUUAAAAUCAGAGCAGAAUGGGCGUUAUCAGGAUAAAAAGUGUUGGGCAUCGCGAGUCCUAUAUUUUGAGUGCAGAUCUAUUUUCCAAGAAUUUCAGUUCAGAAACACACGAAAGGCUCAUUGGAGAUGUUUCCAGGCUGUUUUUGAGGAUUUGAGUCGCACUGUUGAGUUGGAUUUUUUUAAGUUUAAUAUAAUUCCGUGGUGGAAACAUAGUGAACAGUCUCCCCCUCCUCGAUGACUCGGAGCAAGAAGAAGAAGAGGUCCGAGCCGGCUGAGAUGGGAGUGCCUUUUGCCUUUUAUCAAUCAUAGCGAAAUUAGCAGGUCUAACAAUAACACUCAUCCAUGCUCCUUUUUGUGUGUGUGGCAUUGUUAGGGCCCGAGCUCUAACAGUCCUUUUGGAAUGGCUCUGAUUAUUAUUAUUUCAUUCUUGUUUGUUAAAUGCUAGAUUUCCUGCAGAGCUGGGGGAUUACGCUUUUCUUUUAAAUCUGUCGUAUCAAUAAUCCACCGCUACUUUUAUUAACGGCAACAAACAUUUCACGUAGAUGUCAUGUGUCCAUGUUGAUGUGUAGAGGAAGUAGAUCCAUAUUGUACCUUCUAUAGAUAUUGUACUAAAUCAUAUUGACGGAAUCCACCUUUUAAAAAGAUUCACAGUACAUAAUGAAUUUGCUUUGGCGGCGUACAUGGGUUUACUCUUGAUUGGCCUGUUUGUGUAUAGUGGAAGGUGUUUUUGAACAGUGUCCUAUUGCCUGAGUUGUCCAGAAAUGAUUUUGAGGGCAGCAUGAAAUUCACAAGUGUCGAAGCCUGUCGACUCUGAAAUUAUCACGGUUUCAUUCAGUCAAACACAAAAUGUCCACAUUGCAUCUACAGUAAAAAAGUACAGUACCAGGGGUCACUGACAUGUGCACGCUGACUGAAGUCAAGUCUCCUCAGUGACUCCACCAUCUCCGGUUCUCUGGGUCAUAUGAUUUCCGCUCAGCCCCUGAGCUAAGUGUAAGUCAGUUGAAUUGAAUGUCACUGCCUAACAAACUGAGACGCAGCCAUACCAUAAUAACACUAAAGAUGUGGGGGGGGGCUUUACUUUGCAUGAACCACAAGUUUGUGUACGUUCCAUGUGGGGUUGUGAGACUGGAGUAAGAAAGGAGACGUGAUACACUACUGAUUCUCAAUUGUCCGUUUCACACGUCCACAACACUCCAGAUAUAUAUAUAUAUAUAUAUAUAUUUUGUUUGUUUUUUCUUUGAGAAUUUGCUUGAGGAAGGAAGGUGACGGCGUUUUUUCUUUUUUUUUUUUGAACAGUUGGAUGUUUCCUUUGUGCUUGUUGGAGCUGCUCUCACUUUUCUACCAAUUGAAAGGCAAAUUGUAGUGAAGUUGAUGCUUGCUCGCAAACAAAAUAAAGGAUGAUGAGAUGGGGUAUAACUUCUGUGUGCUCUUGUUUUAUUUUACUGUAAUCACAGUGCUGUGAUGGAUGGUACACACCCUAAGUAGGGAAAGUGUUCAAAAUGUUAAAUGUGUUAGCGCCAUCUGGGGGUGAGAACAAAACUGAAGCCUGGAAGUAAUUGGUGCAACAGAAUUUCACAGGUAAAGCGAAUAAUACUGGGAUAGUUCCCAGUCGAGCAGAUACCUCCUACAGUAAUCCCUCCGUGAAACCACAUUUAAAUUCACUAGACCCAGAUAUUUAUUUGAUCUACACCAAAUUACACACACUCAUAAAUAUUAGCCAUCCCAAACGAUUCUUUUUCAGCAAGAUCCAUAAAUUAUUCUCAGAGAAAUUAGUGAAAAUGUUGAAAAACACUGUAUCUCACAAUGUUCUAGACUCUAGAGUGAAAUAAUAUUCCUGAAACUGUAAUGAGCUCUUCCUUGGGUUAUGUUCUACCCCUCCACAAAAUUUCAUGGAAAUCUUUGGAUUAUAUUUUGCUCAAUCCUUGUUUGCUAAAUAACAAAUGCAAAUGAAAACAUAACCUCCUUGGUGAUUUUAAUCAAAGGUGCACAAAAACUACCAAACUGAUUUCCAUUACAUUUUGUGCAGGGGUGGGGCAUGACCCAGGGAAGACCUCACCACAUUUUGGUGUGGAUUCCGAUCAGGGGACAGAUCCAGGAAUUUGUUUCUCUCUAACAUUGUGAGAUUGGGUGUUUUCAUUGAUUUCACAGAGAAUAAUUCAUGGAUCUCGAUGAAAAAAAACAAAAAACAGAAAUGUUUAUGAACAUGUGAUUUCAAAAUCCAGAUCUGGUGAAUUUAUUGUGAUUUCAUAAGGCGGCUGUUGGACCUGUUGGGUGGAGGUAUGCGCUCUACUGAGUGACAUUUUAUUUGUGAAGCGACGGUGCCUGAGCCGGGGACGAAGCCAUUAAACUGCAUCAUUCUAGUUAAAGUCGUUCCUCUCAACUCAAUCACUUUUAUAACUGGUGACUGAAGAGACAGUUUAAGGGGUUUUAUUUUACUUGUAGCCACCAUCUUCACUGCAACAGUGCAGGCUGCCUGGCUCUGUAUAGUGACCUCAUGUUGCACUCAUCAAACUGAAUGACUGUCAUGAGGCAGCUGCUGGAACCAUCACAAGACCCUCCACAAAACAGACAGCAUCAAGUCCAGAGUGGAGUUUUUGUUGAACUGCGGCC